AUGCGGGGCGAGGACAUCGACCCUGCUUCGCUGUCUCCUGCGGUGAAGGCGUACCUCGAGAGCGAGGAGUUCGCGUCGCUGAUCCUGGACAGCGACGACGACGAGGACGACGACGACGGCCCUGAAGUGGGCCGCAACGACUCUGACUUCGAAGACGAGGAUGAUUAUGAAGACGAAGACUUCGACGCCAUCGAUCUGAGUGACGAGGUCUACCGCACGCUGGGGAUGACCAAGGAGGAGGCGGAGGAGGAGCAGACGUUCGAAGCAGACGAUCUGGACCCCGAGGGGCUCGUGCUGUCGCCGAUCGACGACGAGGAGCAAGCAGUGGAUGUGGCGGGGAUGGACGUUGGCUUCGGUGGGUCGCUGGGGCCCGCGCCGCCGUCGGACCUGGCCGAGGAGCCGUGCAUGCUGUGCGCUGGGUUCCGGCCCGCGGAGGUGGCGCAGGUGCGGCACCUCCUGGACCGCAUCGGCGCGCAGACUGUGCGCGUGGUGCCUGCGUCAGACUCCGUUCUUCGAAUGUCGGUGCGCGAAGCAAUCGGGGUCCCCGAGCCCCGCUGGAACGAGCCGUCCAAGGCGGACGACUACGCAGGUGGCGCGUGGGGCUCGAGCCGCGCGGUGUUGAUGUCGGGCCUGCCCCCGUCUGACCAGGUGAUCAUUCUGUCGGUCAUCGAGGACGCCGGGCUGAGUCAGUCUCUCGCGGUGGUGACCGCGAGCGUCGGCAACGCGGCCGAGCCGCUCGAGCGCGUCCUUGCGCGCGCCGUCCAGGCGCAGCGCGGCGUCGACGCGGCGGGCGGGCGCCACCCGUGGGAGGUGGACGGGCGCGCUGUCAGGGAGGGGUCUCUCCCUGACGUGGAGGGCCUCCUUCAGGACGACGGCGAAGACGGAGACAACGACGACCGGACGCAGGACAAGGACGCGGCGUCGACGCGGGAGGCGCAGGUCGACGUGACGCGGGCCGGGGGGGGUGUUGACGGGGGACUCCGCGUCAACGUCCGCGUGUCCAGCCGGGCGCAGGAGGCGGAGACGCAGCCAGAGAGCGACGAAGCGAGCGAGACCUGGGCCUGGAGCGAGGACGACGACGACGACGCGGACGCGGAGCGCGCAGCGGAAGGCCCCGCCGCUGCAGGCUCAGAGGCAUCGGACGCAGAGCUGCCGCUGCCGGACAUGAAAGGCGUCCUCGGCGAGCUGGAGGGCGACGCGGACUUCGAGGAGGCGGUGCAGGACGCGACGCGCAACCGGCUGAGCGAGAUUCAGCGGCUGGUCGCCGAGAAGGGGUUUGGGGCUCUGGACGACGCUGCGUUCAAAGACGGGGGCUCGUUCGCCGAGGACGUGGUGAGCGGCUUCCAGCAGCGUCGCACGCGCCCGGGCGACGCCGCGAAGUCCAGCGGCGCGAAGGCGCGGCCGCAGCCGUUCGGCCCGGAGCCGCCAGCGCCGAGCGAGCGUGCGGCGCCGGCGGCGCCCCGCAGCGCGGCGUCGGCGAGUUUCCUGGAGCUGAUGAUGAAGCUCGACAUGUCGAGCGAGGCCGCGAAGAACGCCGAGGCGCUCGAGGCCGAGCUGCCGCGCGGCAGCGACCUCCUCAGCGCCAAAGUCGAAGAGGCGCUGUCCCGUGCGAAAGCCGAGGCCGGCGGCAUCGACGUGGACGAGUACGUCUCGGAGCUGGCGAAGCAGGCCGAGGACGAGGAGCUGCAGCGGUUCCUGGACGAGUCGGACGCGGGCAUGCAGGCGUCCAGCGACCAGGGGGGUGAGUUUGACUUGUUGGACCGCGUGGCGUCGGGGGAGCUGCGGCGGGGCGACGCGCGCGGCAGGGGCGCGAAGAGCAAGGGGUUCGGGCGGCCGAAGGCGCAGAAGGGCGAGCAGGCGCGGAAGAAGCGGCCGAUGGGGCCGGAGCCGCCUGCGGCGGGCGGGGACCCCUCCGGGGGACUGAAGGGGUCGUUUUCGAUCGGGAAGGACGGGGGCAUCGAGUGGGGGCCGGAGAUGCGCGGGGAGUUCACGGAGGAGGAGAUGGCUGAGAUGGAACGCAUGGCAGAGCAGAUCAAGCGGGACAUUGAACAACGGAGGUCAGGGGGUGCGGGAGCGCGCGCGGACGACGCGGGCGGCGCGACGAUCGACGCCGAAGUCGUGGCGGCCGAGGACGUCGCCGGCGUGCGCGCGGACGGCGUUGCGCGUGCUGUGGAGGCCAGGGGCGGCGUUGGGGCGGACGAGGAGGCGGGGGAGUCGGAUCCGGAGGGCGGGGAGUCCGGGACAGCUGAGGAGACGAGCGCAGAGGAGUUGAUGGCGCGGGAGCUGGCGCCGCCGAUGGAGCCGCCGAAGCCGGCGCGCGACACGGGCGAGACCAAGACGCGCGUCGGAGCGCGGGGGGCCGCCGCCGCGAACCUCAUGGAAGACAAGGCGGUGCGGAAGGCCAUGGCCGAGGCGGCGAGCUCCCUCCGCGGCCAGGCCGCCGACCCCCCCCGCGACACCCCCCGCGCCCCCGCGGACGCCAAGGACUUUGGCGAAGUCGACACCGAUCGGCGAUCCGAGCUCCUCGACGAGGCCGGCGGCGUCGGCGCCCUCCAGGACCUCUGGAAGGGCGUCGUACCCACGGACCACCCCGGGGCCUCACUCGGCCAGGGAUCCCCGCGCCUGGCGGGCAUGGAGGGUCCGCUGCCGGAGCGCCAACACUUGCUGGCUCUCAAGGCGCUGGCGGAGUCCGAGGAGUCGGGCUACACCGCGGGCCGGCUCGCGGAGGACGUGAUCUCGAUGGUGCUUGGCAUGGGCGUCGACGCGGACGAUCUUUCGCGCGCCGUUGACGCAGCGUACACGCGGCUGGUGGAGGCCGGGGAGAUCGAGCCGCGGCGGGCGGACCGCGAGGCGGCGGCGGCGUCGGAGGCCGCGGCGGACGAGGCGCUGAAGGCGGUGGCGGGGCAGGCGCCGGCGCGGGCGGCGCGGGCGAUGCGCCUGAGCCAGCUGAAGGGGGUGGCGGCGCGGGCAGGCAAGGACGUGCGGGAGCUGCUGGAGGACGCGCGGGACAAGGGGGUGGAGAUCGAGAUGGAUGUGGAGCUGUAG